AGUGAGUAAACACAUUUGUCUCUCCUCUCUUCUUUUGCCCUCGUCACUCAUUUGCAUCCCGGAAGUGCUUCUACUGCGUAACGGGGUCAAAAUGGCGGCUCCCUGCUUGUGAAAGGGUCGAACCAGAAGGCAGCUUUAUGAUCCCACGACAUGUAUAAAACGCCAUGCAGCAGGCUGACGGGUUUUCUAGGUGUAAGAAUAAAACAGCAAUUGGUUCAAAUUGCUCCUCGAUGUAACCAGACUUCUCGAAGUCUUAUUUACCUCCACAAAAGAAAUCCCUCAAACUCGCUGACGUAUCAGCAUCUUAACUUUCUGAAACGACAGUAUGUAACCAAAACCAGCAGCGAACUUCAGCAGCGAGCGGUCCCCAAGCACGACCUGACCACUGUCGAUGAAAGAGAUGCCAGCGUUGAAAAACAGAUGGAGAGAAUACCAGCGAUUAAUGCUGAGCUCGAACAAGUUGCCACAUUGUCGGAAGAUGUAGCGCCUAAAACAGAACCUGAAAACUUCCCCGCAAAGCCUGCUACGCAAAGUGUGACAACUCCAAAAGGUUCUGCGUCCCAUCUUGCUGCAACCACAGAUGAGCCUCCGCACAUUCAAGUGGAGACGGAAGAGGCGAGGCAGGCCCGUCUCGACAGACAGUGGAAGCCGCUGAAAGUUGAUGUGGGUGACCUACCAGAUGUCUACGCUCGACUUGCUAAAAUCAAACUUACAGCUCUGGUGGUAACAACUGCAGCAGCUGGUUUUGCAAUGGCUCCCGUCCCUUUUGAUCCCAUCUUGUUUUUUGUGUCUUCUCUGGGAACAGGCCUGGCAUCCUGUGCUGCCAAUUCCAUUAACCAGUACUUUGAGGUGCCCUUUGACUCCAACAUGAACCGAACAAAGAACCGUCCCCUCGUCAGAGGACAGAUCAGCCCGCUGCAUGCCGUGUCAUUCGCUUUGGCCUGUGGCAUUCCUGGAGUUGCUCUUCUCACGCUGGCAGUAAACCCCUUAACAGGGUUCCUAGGCGCCUUCAACAUCUUUCUGUACACCUGCUGCUACACGCCGCUCAAGAGGCUCAGCAUCAUCAACACCUGGGUGGGAGCGGUGGUUGGAGCAAUACCCCCUGUGAUGGGUUGGUGCGCUGCCACAGGCAGUCUGGAUCCAGGUGCUUUGGUAUUGGGCGGUUUCCUCUACUGCUGGCAGUUCCCGCACUUCAACGCUCUCAGCUGGAACUUGAGGCAAGACUACUCGCGCGGCGGCUAUCGCAUGAUGUCCGUCACCCACCCGGGCAUGUGCAAGCGAGUGGCCCUGCGUCACAGCCUGGGCCUGAUCCCGCUGACGACGCUAGCGCCCGCGCUGGGCGUCACCACCUGGAACUUCCCCGUCAUCUCCUUACCCAUCAACCUGUACAUCAGCUACCUAGCCACCCGCUUCUACUACCAGGGGGACCGCAACAGCGCCCGCAAGCUCUUCUUCUGCAGCCUAUGGCACUUGCCCAUGCUGCUGCUGCUGGCGCUCACCUGUAAGAAGUACAGCCGGAGUCCAGAGGUAACGGCGGCGCCUUUGACACUCGAGCCGCCUGCGAAAUAACUGGGACUCUUCUUUUAACCGUAGUACUUGUGGGUGGAGAGAUGUUUGCUGACACACUGCUUUACAGAAAACACACCAAGUUGCAAUCUUUUAAUUGUGUGUUCUGUAGUUAUGUAUAUUUAUUUUUAAAGGUCCCACCAGUUCUUGUGUCUUAUAUCUGACUGAGAAAUGACUUUGUACUGUUUACACCACUCUCAUAGAAAGCCUUCACAGCUCAAUAAGGUGGAAACCAUGUUGUGGUAGAGUUUUUAGGACGUGGUAAAACAGGACAGGCGUGAUGAUGACAUGUUACUUGACAGUAAAUAAACCUCAUUUUCCUUUGAAACAAAAAAAUGUGUAUGAGGUUUAAUUUCAUAAACCUUCUUUAAGGAAUCAUUUAUCCCCUUUGGACAAAAGGGCAACUAUUCUCCAUCCAUCCAUCCAUUUUCUAAUCACCCUUCGUCCCUAAUGGGAUCAGGAGGGUUGCUGGUUCCUAUCCCCAGCUACGUUCCGGGCGAGAGGCGGGGUUCACCCUGGACAGGUCGCCAGUCUGUCGCAGGCAACUAUUCUCAACCAAUAAAUAUAUGAUGAUUGUAACUAUGUGUUCUGUGUCAUGUGUGAUGAACUCCUUGACGUCAAGCAUGUAGCACACUCUUAUCAAGUGGAAAAACAAAGCAGCUCAUUAGGUGACGCUGCCCUUUAUAUUUGGAUUCAGGUUUCAGCUGUAAACCCAGGCGGAUAUGCUCACUUUAAGCUCAAAUCGGCCGCUCUAUUUAGCGGGCCACCCCUUACACCUGUCAUUUAACAUGUGCUCCAUUUCCACCAAGUUUUGGGUGUUUGGUUACAUUUCCAUCGCUGCGCUCUGAGCCGCAGACAAGCGCCUCCUUCCCUCCCCGUCCCCCCCAGCGGUACCGCCACCCUCGCUCCAUAAAAACCGGCAGGAUUUAGUCAAGGCCGAGAGACGUGAAACGGCUCGAUGUCCUCGUAAAGUGUCUGACCGGAUGCGGAGUUUCAUAUCAGAGGGUGGGAGCGGAGCAGGCCCUAGCCAGCUGUUACAGCCGGAUCAGAAGUACACGGAGAGGCAGAAUAUUUUAGGGCACCUCAAAGGCUCAACGUGAUGAGUCCUGAUGGGGUUUAUAGCACGCAGGGUCUCUCCUUGUUUAGAUCUGCAUGUUGUGGCCUCGCUGCAUAUUUCUGGCUUGCACAUGGAGCUCAGAGCCAUUCCUUUUGAGAAGGGAAAUGUCUCUUCUACCCUGGUGGUAAGGUAAGAUCUUAAAUGAUCAGUAAUUACAGGUCAUUUUGAGAGCCUAAACUUCAUCGAGACGAAAGGCUUAAAAAAGAGGCAACUUAAAUGUAUUUUAAUCAGUUUUUAUAAUUGGCUAGCACGAAGAAGUGAAUACGUAUGGAAUAUGUAAAGGUGAGAAAAAAAGUGAGUUUAAAUUAAAAUGUUAAAUUUGUGAAAUACAGUCUCGAUUAUAUGUGGAACAUAUGUGAGCACACUUAAGUCUUGAGACAGUUUCUCAGUUGAAUUUAGGUCUGGACUUUGACUGGUCCAUUCUUCCACUUAUUAUUUAUUUUUAUUUUUUUUACACCAUUCAACUGUAGUUCUAGCUGCAAUGAUUGGAGUCAUCAUCCGCCUGGAAAGUGAAUCUCUAUUCACUUGAUGGAGUGAAUGGAUAUUGACUCUUUCAAGCGAAUCUCUGUUCACUUUCUUAAGAGGAAAGAUUAACAACUUUCCUGUUAAUGUUGAACAAAAACAUCCACAUGACAUGAUGCUGCCACUACCAUGUUCCACUAUGAGGGUGACGUGCUCAGGAUGAUGUGCAGUGUAUGUUAGCUACUAAACUGUUUUAUCUAAUAUGCAAACUUUUACAUUACACAUGUUUUCGCAUUCUUGUGAAAGCAUGUGUAAUGUAAAAGUUUGUGGAAAAAUGUCCAACUGAUGUGAAUAUUUUUUUUACAAGCUUCUCAAAGUGAGAUAAAAAAUUAAACGGUUUUGCAUCCAGUGGCGGAAGCUGACAUGCAACAUGAAGAAAUAUAAACAGAAAAUAUUCAUGUUUGUAAUAAAAAGGUUUUUUUAAUCAUGUUGAAAUUAAGAAAGAUCAGAUAAAGCCUUGGUAAAAUCAUUUGUUUUCAUGUUAGGUUUAAAAUCUUAAAGUUAU